AUGGGUUCUUUACAACAUUCCAACCCUCAAAAUCCCCAAAGCAGCCAGCAUCGGGCCAAUUCAGACCGACCUGCUCUGGAUUCUGGGAGCGCGAGCGACGAGUUACCGGAGUCAGCUCCACGACUGUCCGCAAGGACAUUCCUAGCAGUACUGGCAGUAUGCCUUAUCUACUUCGCUCAGCUAUUUAGCCUCGUAGGCGCUGGCGUGCAAGGACAAACCAUCGGGGCUCAUUUCAAUGACAGCAGCCAAGUCGUCUGGUUUCCAGGAUCCAUCGCGAUUCUCACGGUCGUCCUCAGCCCCAUUGUAUCCCGCGCCGCCGACUACUGGGGCCGCAAAUGGCUCCUCGUUGCCCCGACCCUUAUCGGUGCGGUCGGAUCCGCCGUCAUCGCCCGCGCGACCUCCAUUAACAUGGCCAUCGCCGGCUUUUGCCUCGUCGGCGCGGCAUUUGGCGCCCAACCCCUCUUGCACACUGUCGCCUCCGAAGUCCUGCCACGCCGUUGGCGGGGUUGGGCCCAAGCAUGCGCCAUUGUCACUGGCAGUCUCGGCAGUCUUGUCGGCUUGUUCAUGGGCGCAGCCCUCAACCGCAACGCAAGCCCGGACUCGCCCGGCUUCCAAAACUACUAUUACGCCGCCAUGGCCUGGUUCGCAGUCUCGGGUCUCAUAUGCGCAGUCGUCUACCACCCACCCCCUCUUCCAAGCCAACUGGGGAUUUCUUCGCACCGCACACGCCUAGCCCAGCUUGACUGGACCGGGAACUUCCUCUUCGCCGCUGGGCUGGUUCUCUUCUCCGUCGGCCUGUCGUAUUCCAAAAACCCCUACGAGUGGACCGAUCCACGCGUGAGCGCGACGUUUGCCGUGGGCGUAGCGCUAGCCAUAGUGCUGAUCGUGUACGAGACGCGCUGGAAACGCGACGGACUCUUCCACCACGGCCUGUUCUCCCGCAACCGCAACUUCGGCCUCGCGUGCCUCGCCAUUUUUUUCGAAGGGCUCGCCUUCUUCGCUGUCAACAGCUACUUCUCCUUCCAAGUCAGUUUGCUGUACACCCCGUCUGAUACCAUGCUUGUCGCGGUGCGGUACAGUUUCAAGUUCAUCUUCACUGCUAUUUUCGGAUGUGUGGCGGGGUGGGCUUCGACACGGACACGCCGGGUACGGUGGAUUACGGUGGCUGGCUUUAUGUUGUUGGUCGUGUUUUUCGCGGGCAUGGCAGCCAGUGGGCGGGAUAGCGAUCACGCGGUGUGGGGAUUCGGGACGAUGAUGGGGAUCGGGUUUGGGAUCUUGUUGACGACCUUGAUUGUGGUCGCGCAGUUGUCGACGCCACCCGAGUUGAUUAGCGUCGCGAGCGGGCUUUUUAUCUCGGUGCGGUCGUUGGGCGGGAAUGUCGGGUUAGCGGUGUACAAUGCGGUGUUUAACGACGCGAUGAGUCGGCUGGAGCAGAAUGCGAGGGAGGUAGUUGUCCCUGACGGCUUGCCAGCGAGCAGUAUCCCGUCCUUUGUGGCCGCGCUGGUAAAGCGGAAUGAGACAGCGCUCAGGGGCAUCCAAGGCGCUACCCCUGAAAUUAUCGAGAGUGGUACGAAUGUGCUUUUGAAUACAUAUGUGGUGGCGUUUCGCAACGUUUGGAUAACGGCUGGGAGUUUCAUCGCCUUCGCGGCCCUCGCUUCACUGUUUAUCAUUGAGGAGGAGAAAGAGUUCAACAUGCUCAUUGAUAACCCCAUUGAGAAAAAGGGACAGGUGGAUUCUGCGUAA